AUGCCUCCUGAAAGUUCUGAACUCCGCCCAUCGGAUUUCCUAAACGCUAAAGGUCGUUUCAAGUGCUCCAUGUGUGUAAACACUUAUCGUCACUUCAAACACCUGAAACGUCAUCUCAACUCUCACACUCAUGAAGUCAUUUACGAAUGCGAAGACUGCGGCCGCCGUUUUUCUCGGGGCGAUCUGCUCCAGCGCCAUCGCCGCAAAUGCUCUUUGAGCGACGAAGAAAUGGCUCCAAGCUAUCGAAUUCGUCGAACUCGUGCCCGCAGAACUAGUUCUACGAGCACCUCCACUGCUGGCGACUCGGAUGUCUCGGACUCGAUUGUCCCCCAUUCAGAUUCCGAGUACGGCUACGAGUAUUCCGAGGCUCAGCCCGAUCUGUCGUUCGUGCGUCGUUCAGGCCGUCACACAAUGCAUCCUCAAACUUACGAGGAGGAUACACUCGCUUCGACCCGCAGGACACAGGGCACACCUCUGCCUCUGCCCGGGACGGAAUCGCCGCAACAGCAGCACCAGCAAUCGCCCCAUCUUCCUACCCUCAACUACCCUCAACGGAUAUUUGACCAACAAAAUCAACUUACUAACCAGCAGACUACUGCAGAUUGGAUUUCACGACAGGUUCCUCAAACACCACCUGAGUUUAGCCAGUCUUAUUACCACCCUGAACAGUCCCGCUACGAAAACAGCUUGUAUUCGAGCUACAAUUCUACUGAACCCGGAUGGCUCGCCCCUGGGGAGAAUGAAAUUAGCAUUAUGGACUUUAGCAACCCCGUUUCGCCGGCUUGGGAAUCGGUCGACAACAGACAGUAUGCGAACUCUUCAUACCCUCGUGCCGAACAGAAACCCUCGACAGACAUGUACUCUGAUCUCUACUUCAGGGAUCCAGUAUAUGAUACAGGGUUUAUGGACCAAAACUCUUACUCGAGUCCAAUCAUUCCCGCAGACACUGACUUUUCCGAAUUCCAACCGGAUCUUCAGUGGUCUAACCCAACCAGCAGAUUUGUCUACCAGCUGGAAUUGGUAUAA